UUACAAGACGGGGAGGGACUAUGACAUGUAAUAAUGAAACUUAAGAUUGUCCUAUAAAGCAGGGUAGUGAUGGAGAGGUGAGAGGAGAGUGUCAGGAAAGAGACAAAGAUCUUCCAGCUACAGACUCAACGCUUGUUCCAGCACCUCCUGUGACCAUUGCCAUGGCUUCAGCCGUCAUACCUGCGCUGAGCGUGAUUCUCUGUGCACUGGCGUUCAUUCUCUACAGCAGUCCUGCAGAGGCUCAAGCGGACUUAGCAUUGGACUGUUGCCUGGCUGUUAGCCAUAAAGCCAUCCCUAAACAAAUCCUCCUCACUUACCGGAAGCAGGUCAGAGGUGACGGCUGUCCCCGUGAUGCUGUUAUAUUCACGACCAGGAAAGGUAUGCACCUUUGCGCCCCACCUGUCACUGAAGAGCAGUGGGUUAAAGAGAAUAUCAAGUUUCUGGACACUAGGCUCAAGAUGUGCAAAGAAACCAAAUUCCGUGUAUGUAAUUUAUCUCAGUCUUAUCAUAUAUUCAGUCAUAGUGUUGUAGUUUUAGUUCCUCAGCUCUCUUCAAUAGUAUUGGAUGACAUAAAGCUGGCUGGACAACAGGCAUGUCAUUGUUAUUGCAUAAGUCCUGCAGCAGGUCACUUUCUCUUCUCUGGUUUUCGUCUGACUCAUGACUUUGUUUAUAUAGUAGAUCAGAAUUUGGAUGUUAAAGUCUUACUCAUGCAAAACCACAAACUACUCAACUAUGAAACCACACGCCAAAACAUCCUCCUACGGCAAAGUUACUGAGCUUUAAACAGACCACCAACAAUGUGGACUUAGUUUUGCUUUUUGUACAUGAAGCUUUCUAUUUCUAUUUCAAAUAAUGCAAUUAAAAUUAGUAUCAGGAUUCUAAUAAGAAUGCAACAGUUUUAAAAAUAGAAUUUGACAGUCAAGUGAAAGUCUACAAUCUCUUUAUAAGGUGGCUUUAACCAAAGUCCCUUUAAGACGAGUCAUUUCACUCGGCGGCCAUCUUUGAAACGCCUCUCGGGCAUCAAGUGCAGCUCCCAUCUCUUUGAAUGGAGAAAACAUCAAAUUCUCCAAAGCUGUUUGCCAAGCUUUCGAUUAAAAUUUUUAUAUUUGAAAUCACCAAUGAAAUCUGACAACAACUGUCUCAUAAAUUUUGUUUUCUAAACGUUCGAAUCAUGACAAAAAACGGUAUUUUUUCAGGCUGGAUCAAGCUAAUGCGCAUGCGCAGUCCUAAAUGCGCGUCUCGGGUCUCAUUUCGGAUGCGCGCGUCUGAGCUUCUAACGGCCGCUGCAGUGACGCGAUGAC